AUUUCGUCCCAGACAAGUGCUGCCCAGGCAACUAUCUCACUGUGGGGAAAAAAAUGAGCAGUCUGUCUUUCAACCCGGUAAUUCAGUUGAAAACACCACCUCCAUCUCGCUCGAAAAUCAAUUCUAGAUUCAUCCCAAUCUCUGCGCGUCUCCACAACAAUCAACAGCAACAACAACAGCAGCUCAAUUUCUCUGUUCUUCGAUUUACAUUUGGGAUACCUGGAUUGGACGAAUCGUAUUUGCCUAGAUGGAUUGGUUACGGGUUCGGUUCACUUCUUCUCCUGAACCACUUUUUUGGUUCCGGUUCAACCUCUGUACCGCAGCUGAGAUCGGAGGCUCUAGGUCUAUCUCUGGCUGGAUUUUCUGUCGCACUUCCUUAUCUUGGUAAAUUUCUCAAGGGUGCAACUCCAGUGAAUCAGAUAAGUAUACCAGAAGAAGUGGAGCAAAUUUUUGUCAUGUCACCUGAUAUCUCAGAUGAGCUGAAGGAGGACUUGGCUUGGGUAACAUACAUUCUACUUCGCAAUACGAACACCUUCUCUGUGAUGGUAUCAGUUCAAGGCAAAUUAUGUAUACGUGGCUACUGGAACACUCCGUCCGAUGUUUCAAAGGCUCAGUUGCAUGAUUGGUUCAACAGACAGAUUGAAAACAUUGGCCUGUUUGACUUGAAAGAGACAUUCUAUUUUCCACAAAAUUCAGGUUCUAGACUUUCGAAUAUACUUCCCAAAAGAACUUCUUCACUUCUAGUGCAAACAGUGGUAGGAGCUCCGUCAAGCCUAAAUUCUAAUGAAGAACAAAAGACUGAAGGGUUUGUUCUGGUUGCCUCAAGCAUGGGGUAUGCGUAUAGUGACAAAGAUAGAGCUUGGAUAGGAGCCAUUGCUAAUAAAUUCAGACGUGAGAGAACAUGUAUGAUUUAAAUGAAUUAAUCAAGUAAGGAAUAUACAGCAGCAAGGCUGCUUUAGUUCUCUCAUCUCUUCUCAUUCAUGAUGCUGUGCUAUAGUUCUGCAGCUAAUUAUUUUACUCCUAGUUUCAUCCACUUAUCACCUAGUUUGCAGCUUUCCAAGCAUGAAUAUAAUUUUCUUUAGUGAUCUUCUAUUGGCUUCACAUUGUUUUCAAGAUUUGAAAUACUUUGUUGAUCAGACUGGGGAUUGGUGUACUUGCAUUUAGGAUGAUCAGUGCAGUAAAUGAUUCAUGGAUAUCUGUAUGGAUCUUUGAAAGUUCUAUAGCUUGAGGGGAUUCUUAAUAUUAUCAAGAUAAUUUUACCA